ACACUUCAGUGAGCCAAGCAGCAGAGCAACACAGAGCAAGCCUUUGUUAACCCUUUCACGUCUCACCUCUGGUUAAACCGGGUAGGUGCCAGAAAAUGGCACCUUUAACUGAAAAGCCUGAUCCAAGGGAAAACCAGAAUCUGGAAGUGGAAAAAGCCAGUCCCUCCCCUACAAUGAGCUCUGAACACGAAGAAGUCGGUGUUGUGAAAACAGUCAUUAAUGGGCUCAUCACAAGCAGCAAUGGACAAGAGAAAGCUGUUGAUGUUCCUUUAUCUGCACGCUCUAUUUCUGCUGUUAAAAUAAUACCUGUGAAGAAACUGAAAAGUUCUCCUGACCUAGUGCUGCCUACAGACACGGACCCUGCUAAAGUCUGUAGCGGAAAAGGAGCUGUGACUUUACGGGCAUCUCCAGCCUAUGAGGAAAGUCAGACUAUCUGUUCCCCAUGUUCUCAAGAUGUCCAGCAAUCUGAAAAUGAAUGGAGGUUAUCAUCUAAUGUGGAUUCCAAUGGAGAUUCCCUACCAUCUUCUCUGGCUGCCAAGGGUUAUAGAAGUGUGCGUCCGAACCUCUCCUCAGAGGGCAAAUCACAGCCCCUUUCUCCUCCCCGUCCUCCUCUUCCAAAAGAGGAAAGCUUUGCAUGGCGUCCUUGCACUGACACUAAAGUAACCAACCUGUUGCCAGUGCCCGUCAUGGAUUGUGUGUACCUGAAUGCACCCAAGCCUUACACACAGUGUGCAUCACCGAGUACCAGUAGGAAGUAUUACACCUCAUCACCUACACCUUUUGGGACAAUCCCCAGUGGGAAGCAAGGCUUUCCAGCUGGGCAUCUCCCCCAGUCAAUUGGUUUGACCCCCAAGGAUGCAAUGCAUGCUGGUCAGUCACUUUUGGGAAGUAGCUGCUUGUUAUCAGGCACAUCAUCCAAACAACAAAGCACUGCCAGGGCAGAUCCCAGUAGUACAGCUGGAAUGAAUUCCAGUCAUGAGACGAAAGCAAAUAAAAAGGUCAGCAGUCUAUAUGUAGCUUGUUUAUCUAACAGCACUUGCUCGGCCGCAUCUGAAAAUCCCACCAGCAUUGCACAUGACCAAACAGACAGCACUGGUUUGGGAGCUGAGGUCACUCGAGCACUAGCCACCAACAUUGUUUCCUCUGUAACAGAUACUGGAAAAUCUCUUCCUCCUCCUCCUCCUCCUCCUAUCCCUCCCAGGCCGUACUUUAACAUUGUCCUCAGUAAAGACGCAGUUAGCUAUGGUGCAAGCCAUCCCUCCAGAACUCAAUUACCACCUCCUCAAACUGUGAGGGAAGGAGUGAUAGAGUCCCAGAAUACGGCUGGCAGUGAAAACAGGAUGAGAAAAGAGCUGUACCUUACACCACAACAACAACAGCAGCAGCAGCAACAAUACAAGGCAAAGGGACGCAAAAUGGAUGCAUUUGGCAUUACCACAGCUCAGCCUGGGGUUAUAGUAGUCCCACUCCUCCAGGUUAAUACAGACAGAGAGCAAGAAGGCAGCUCCAGCACUCCACCACCACCUCUGGUACCUUUUGGGCAAGGCACCAUCUUCCCUGAGACCGUUCCUCCUGGCUCACCUCUGACUUUUCCGACACUAGAUGAUUUCAUUCCCCCUCACCUGCAGAGGGGCCCCCACCAUCACCAACCACCCACUUCAUCUGGCAUCUUGCCCCCAGUUUGCCCGAAACUGCCAUCAUUCUCACCACCACCUCCAUUGGUCCCUCCAGUCACAGAGGCUUUGCACAGAGGCUUGGAGCCUGAAAUCACUGGAGUCACUUCACAUACAGACCCAGGUCCUGUGCUAAAUGAAGUUUCCCAACCUAGUUUUGGCAGUGAACACCAAAGCUCUUUAACAUCAAUCAGCAAGCCUUCCUCUGUGUAUCCUUCCACUACCAUUGUCAAUCCUACCAUCGUCCUCUUGCAGCACAACAGAGAACAGCAAAAAAGGCUUAGUAGCCUGGCAGAUCCUGUACCAGUCAGAUCAGUUGCUGAUAAAGUAGACUCUGUGCCAAUACAGGAAAAGCCAGUGCAGGACAUCACUCGAAGUGAGAAACCAGCAAUGGAGGAGAAAAGACGAGUUGUUAGCGGCCCUCGGUAUGUGGCCGAUGCCUCUGUGGAUGAUAUAGGCAUUCCUCUAAGGAACACAGACAGAUCAAAGGAUUGGUACAAGACAAUGUUCAAACAGAUUCACAAGCUAACAAAAGAUGAAGAUUCUGAUUCAUCCUAUCCUCAUUUUUCAUAUUCUGAAGAUACAAGAACCCAACCCUCAGUGCCUCGGUCUAAAAGUGCGAUGGACAGCAUUGACACUGAGAAGGUCAUUAGGAGAUCUGCUACUCUGCCAUUGCCAACUCGCACAUCAUCGUUGAAAUCCAGCCUCGAAAGGAAUGAUUGGGAGCCCCCUGACAAGAAGGUGGAUACUAGAAAGUACCGGGCAGAGCCCAAGAGCAUUUACGACUAUCAACCAGGAAAGUCCUCAGUCUUGAACAACGAAAAGAUGACUCGGGAUAUAAGCCCAGAAGAGAUAGAUUUAAAGAAUGAACCUUGGUAUAAAUUCUUUUCGGAAUUGGAGUUUGGGAAACCGCCUCCAAAAAAGAUAUGGGAUUAUACUCCUGGAGAUUGCUCUAUCCUUACUAGAGAGGAUAGAAAGACUGAUCUAGAAAAAGACCUCUACCUCUACCAGACUGAGUUAGAGGCAGAUUUAGAAAAAAUGGAGAAGCUUUAUAAAACGCCAGAUAAAAAGCCACAGAAGAGUACAGCAAGCACCACUCCUCUGGAAACUUCCACAGACCAUUCAUCCUACUCAGCCUAUUCUCCCAACUACUAUGCAGUAAGGCGAGAUCUCGAAUCAGCACCGGGGGACCCUGCUGGCUUGGACAAUGAAAGGCAGAUUUAUAAGAGCGUGCUGGAAGGUGGAGAUAUCCCGCUACAGGGGUUAAGCGGUCUCAAGCGCCCAUCUAGCUCUGCUUCCACUAAAGAUUCAGAAUCACCAAGACAUUUUGUACCAGUUGAUUACAUGGAAGCUCCAGAAGAAAUUCUCCGCCGACGUCAUGAUGACAAAGAGAAACUUUUAGAGGACCAGAGACGACUUAAACGUGAGCAAGAAGAAGCUGAUAUUGCAGCUAGAAGGCACACGGGGGUUAUUCCAACGCACCAUCAGUUUAUCACUAAUGAGCGAUUUGGGGACCUCCUAAAUGUAGACGAUACAGCAAAGAGGAAAUCUGGGUCAGAGAUGAGACCUGCUAGAGCCAAGUUUGACUUUAAAGCACAGACAUUAAAGGAACUUCCACUGCAGAAAGGAGAUAUAGUUUACAUAUACAAGCAGAUUGACCAGAACUGGUAUGAAGGAGAACACCAUGGCAGAGUUGGCAUCUUCCCACGGUCAUACAUAGAGUUACUCCCACCAGCUGAAAAAGCCCAGCCAAAAAAGAUGUCACCAUUACAAGUAUUAGAAUAUGGAGAUGCUGUUGCUAAAUUUAACUUCAAUGGAGAUACUCAAGUAGAAAUGUCAUUCAGAAAGGGAGAAAGGAUCACAUUGAUUCGACGAGUUGAUGAGAACUGGUAUGAAGGAAAAAUUUCUGGCACUGGUCGCCAAGGCAUCUUUCCUGUCACAUAUGUGGAAGUGCUCAAACGUCCAGUGGUGAAGAAUGCCAUUGAUUAUGCUGACCCACUGAUGUCCCACUCCCCUAAUCGGAGUAUGUCAGCAUCCCCUCAGCCUUCUCAUCAUUCAUUGAGAGCAGGACCAGAUCUCACAGAGUCUGAAAAGAGCUAUGUGCAACCUCAAGCACAGCAGCAAGGAGCCAGCCCUGACAGGAGUCAAACACCACAAGACAUAGUUAGCUACCAAGCUGUCUACAGCUAUACGCCACAGAAUGAUGAUGAGCUAGAGCUAAGGGAUGGAGAUAUUGUGGAUGUCAUGGAGAAGUGUGACGAUGGCUGGUUUGUGGGUACAUCCAGGAGGACAAGACAGUUCGGCACUUUCCCAGGCAACUAUGUGAAACUUCUGUAUUUGUAAAGCAAUCCAAAAACUGCAGUAAAUGGUUGUUAGGUGUUUUGUUUACGGACAACAUGUAAAUAUCAACAACCUAUGAAAUCAGAUAAUUUUGAAUGUAAUAGACAGGAGAUGAGAAGUGUAAGUGGGAUGUGGUUAUGUGGUACAUACAGUAUUGCGUUGAAUGUGCAGCCCUGGUUCUACUGAGGCAGGGCUUAAAAGACAUAUUUGCUGAAGAAGAGACGAUGUUUCUAGUUUACAGUGCUGCCUUUGUAUAUUCCCCCUUCCCCUCCAAGAGUUCUGAUGAUAAUCUUAGUUUUCAUAGGCUUUUUUAUUGAGUGAGUAUUUAGCUCUAAGACAGAACUGAGGACAGCAGCAGGAUGGAGCAGGUAACUCACCACCCUUCAACUGCUUCAUUUUUACAAUUUGAUAAGGGGAUCUUCUCCAAUAUCAAGGUACCCUCCUCCUGUAAUAAGGGCACCUCUAUCCAACAGGUUAUUUCCCUCUGCCUCCUACUUUAAUUCUACACUCUUUCCUCCUGAUGUGCACUUCAGCGGGCAGAGCUGUCAGACAACAGCUUUUUGUGGUUAGUCUACAGGGCACUGUAUCAUGCAGAGAGCUUUGAAUUGGUAGUUUAAUCCAGAGGAAUAGGCCAAAAACAGAAAAAGAAAAAAACACUGCACAAAACCCAAUAGGGUUGUAUUUUCUACAGUUGUCUGCACAAGUAAUUGAAAUUUCAGGUACAAAUCUUAUUUGCAACAACCAUGGCCAUAAUUUUUUUUUUUUUAAAUUGUUGGCCCUGAUGACACCUUUUGAAGUGUACCCUUUGCGAUGAAGACUUCAUUUCUUCCUGGUGUUCUACCUUAAAAAUCCAGAUAGAUGCUAGCAAAAUAUUAGUGUGUACCUUUUUUCUUUUUUUGGUUAUGGUUUUGAUGGUGAGUCUUGAGUAAAUGAAGACAUUUUGGCUGCCUCCUAAUGAAACACGAAAGUCAAGCCAAUUUGUAAGCUGCACUUAGACAGCUUUUACCAGCUGCGUAUAUUUUUACUACUUUGAAAAACAUGGAUUGCCCAUAUACUUGUCUGUAAGUCAAAAAUGAAUGCUUUUUUUGAUAGAAAUUUUGUUAAAAAAAAAAGCAUAAACAGAACCUGUUGCAUCAGACUCUGCUUCCAACAGCUAUAGUACAAAUAGCAAAGGUUUAGAUUGCUAUUUUGUCAUAAGUCGUAUUUAAUAAUAUAAAAUGCCUAUUUUUAUGCUGUUGCUUUUAUACAGAUUUAUUAAUAGUAACUGCAACUAACUGUUAGCAUGACUUGCAAUAUGUUUUGAUAAAUAGCCAUGCUCCUGGGUUGAAAAACAAAUGGACUUUAUCUUUCGCCAAAAUCAGCGGAAGAAAAGACUUGAAGUGCUUCAGAAGUUUGACUGUAAAUAUGUAUAUUUAACUUUGUACAGACAAUGUACUUACCUUGUAUAGAAAAAAAUAAUUUAAACACUUUGAAUGAAAAGAGAAAAAAAGGCAGUUAAUGAAAGGUUGAAGUUGUUUUUUCUUUCUCCAUUUUUAUUUAAAUGAAGGAGUUCCAUGUAAGAGUUCACCUGAAGAGUUUGAGCACAAAGUAUCUGCUAUAAAAUGGUUACAAAUAUGACACACAGCACCAUUACUUUUGUGUGGGGGGGGUAUCUUUAGUCCUUACCUUAUUUAUAGUUUUUGGUUUUCUGCUUCUGAUUUGCAUUCAUGUUAUCUGCAGCAAUAUUUAAACCUGUCGCUAGAAUUGGAUAACACCAAAUGAAUCUAUCCAGCAAAAUAACAUGAUGAUGCUGACUGUAUAUAACCAACUCAUUUAAAGGUUUCUUUGUUGUUGUUGUUGCUGCUAUUCUUGCCAUUUUUAGUUAAACACACACACACACACACACACACACACACACACACACACACACACACACACACACACACACACACCGCAAGUUCUGUUUGUGUUUAUUUUUGUUUCUUAUUGCAGUGGAUUAUGGUUUGACAAUUAAUAAAUGGAAGUAUUAAAUUACUACUGUGUUCCUUGUACAAAUUAUUAAAUAAAGUUUAUUCCAAGUU